AGGUCUGGUGGUACCCAUAUAAACACCAGCAGUGUAGAUUUAACACUGGUGAUUUUGCUGUGAUAGAUGCUUUUGUCUUAAGCGACUUCCAGUGCAUUGCAAGGUAUACAUUUUGUCAGUAUGUUUGUUUUCGCUGAAUGAACCCACAACCUAUUGCGCAGCUAACGCAAUGCUCUACCACUGAGCUACAGAAACAGUAAACAUCUUGAUAGUCUGUUAAAUUCAUGAGCACACGUAACACUGCAGCAGUCACUAGAUUUUCUGGUCAGGUUAUAAAUGGAAAGACUACCAAAUGAACUGCAUGCGCUUCCCAGGUAAAUAUUUAUGAAUGGCUAGAAACAGCGGAAGGUUUGUUGGGACUUCACCCAAGUAUGAAUCCCCUUUUGGAUGCACAUGCACACCGAAUGUUCAGCCGAUAGAGUAAGAGUGUGGAAGAGAAAUACUAAAGGGCUGUAUUCUGUAUUUCCCCCAUAAUAAAAUCUACCCGACUGCUUUUGGGGAUUGUCAGCUGUAGCCAUGGCCAAGUCUCUGAUACUAUUAUUGGUGAUAUGCUUCAUCUUUCUUCGGUUUGGACGUGGCACUGCCUCCCGCACCAAGAAGGCUGUUCCAGCUGUACAGAAAGAAGAAGAUGACAUAAGGACACAGAUUGACAAAAUAUGGCAGGAAAUUAACUCUUUAAAAGAGAUGCAGGCACUUCAAACAGUUUGCUUGCGUGGCAUUAAAGCCCACAGGAAGUGUUACCUGAUUUCUGAACGGACCAAACAUUACCAUGAGGCGAACGAGGACUGCAUCGCACAGGGAGGAACCCUGGCUAUUCCCCGGGACAUCAACGAAAACGAUGAAGUGAGAGAUUACGCCAAACGCAGCUCGCCCGGAUCAAAAGAUUUCUGGAUAGGCAUUACAGAUAUAGUAAAGGAGGGCCAGUAUGUAGAUGUGAACAGUCAGCCUAUCUCUUUCUUUCACUGGGAUCGCUCUAAAAAAGAGCCAACCGGAGGAAAGAGAGAGAGUUGUGUCGCUCUUUCAUUGGCAGCACAGGGAAAGUGGCAUGACGAGGUUUGUCGCAGCCAAAAGAAAUACGUGUGUGAAUACCUGAUACCAUGAUGAUGUGUAUAACAGCACACAUGCUGUAAAGUUAUAAAGACAGCCUGUUAAUGAAGCUGGUCAAUAAA